AUGGAUGCCGCUGUCAUUUCUAAGGAUCAACUGGGCGCAGAAUUUGCGAAGCAAAGAACCACACUAAGGGAUGAUGUCUCUCUCCUGAUUCAAGAAUCUACAACGCCGUUACAAGCCUCGCUGGACUCACUCCAAACAACAGUGAACACAUUCCAACAGCGCCUCACCUCAGUGGAGUCUGUGUCCGGUGAUAACUUUGAACGUGUAUGCGCUGUGGAGUCUACCAUUAAGACGCUCCAAACCCAAAACCAAUCUCUCUUGACUCGACUCGAUGACCUAGAAAACCGAUCGCGGAGAGCCAAUCUCCGUAUAUUGCACAUACCAGAAGGCAGCGAGGACGGCAAGGACCCGGUUAAAUUCAUGUCGGAGCUGCUGACGCAGGUGAUGGGUCCCGAGGUCUUCACUUCGCCGCCCGAACUGGAGAGAGCCCACCGGUCCCCGACCUUCAGAUCUGGACAAGGAAAACCUCCGCGCACAUUCCUGGUUUGUUUCUCCCGAUUCCAACAGAAGGAGGCUGCGCUGCGCUGGGCAAGGAAUCACGAGCUGCGGUACGGAGGAACUGUCAUAAGGAUGUUUCAAGAUCACAGCGCAGCUCUCGCUAAAAAGCGCGCUGCAUUUAACGGGAUAAAGCAAGCCCUUUACCAAAAGAACGUCCGGUUCCACCUGAUCUACCCCGCCAGGCUACGCGUGACACACGGGGACGACGUGCUCACCUUCGACUCACCUGAUGAAGCUCAGAGGUUCUACGAUCAGAGGAUUGAGUCUUCAUCGAGACAGCACCGUCACAGCCGCUACAAAAAGUCCAAAAUUCAGCUCGCCGCUCUUCGAAAGAGCUUCCUGAGAGAGAACUGGCCUGCAGAGGCAGAGCUAAGACGUUUGCAGGAAGAAACUGGGCUGACCCAUAAUGACAUUCGUAAAUGGUUCAGUGACAGCCGUUAUCAGCAUAAGGCCUCAACUUGUCAGCCGAGUAGCGUGAAGGGCAACGACGCCACCCGGAACAGUGGAACAAGAAGUACACAUUUCUUCCAGACCUUUCUGACGAACACCCUGGAAGCAUUUGGGGAAAGAGGACCGGAGGCCGAAGAGUGUGAUGUUAUGGAGGAGCUGUCUGGUGACGGGGACAGUGUCAAAGACGAGGGGCAGAGUGAAGAACAGCCCUUACAAUUGACCAAGACCUGCAAGAUUGAGACAGAUAUUCCACAGGAACCAUCUGAUAUAUUAAAAUCAUCUCCUCACUCUUCCCCAUCUAGCAGCCCACCACCAACUAAUAAACAACUUUCAAACAGUAGCAGCACAUCAAAGAAGUCAUCCCACCCGGCCAAAGCCAGUCCCUCACCAACACCCAUGCUUAUCUCAGGGGCUCCUUCAACUACAUCUCCGUCUCCUGCUCUCACUCCUGGUGGGCGUCCAAGAAAGACCAAGGAGCAAUUGGAUGUUUUAAAGCAGCACUUCUUGCGCUGCCAGUGGCCCAAGAGUGACGAUUACACUGAACUUGUUAAGCUUACAGGUUUACCCCGAGCAGAUGUAAUUCAGUGGUUUGGUGACACACGUUAUGCUGUUAAAAAUGGCCAGCUGCGCUGGGUAAAGGGGGUCCGGGACCAGUUCUUGGCUGAACUUGCCCUCCAGCAGAGUGGCAGUGGUCUGACUAAUGGAAGCAGCUCUGGGACAUCUACUCGGGUUGGCGGUAGCCACAAACGGAAAUCUCAGGCAAAUGUUCCAAGUACAGGUACUCCUGAUAUCCAGCCAUUGUUAGCGUAUUUCCUUUCAACAGGCCCCCUACAUGAAAAAGACCUUGACACACUAUGCAAGAAAUCAAAAAUGAGCUACCAGCAAGUGCGAGAUUGGUUUGCAUCUCAGGAUGCUGGGGAGACUGACCAGGGAACAAAGUAUUACUGAUUGAGACACUGGAACCAGACAUAAGAAUCAGGCUGUGCGAUAUGACCAAAAUUUCAUGUCCCCAUAGGCAUCUUUUCAUAUUCAGAUAAUAUAUCUCAGUAAUGCAAAUUUUAAAUAAAUAAAUGUAAAAUUAAUAGAUUUUCUCCUCUUUGUACUUUGAUCCAACACUCGACCCGGGUGUUUUCGAUUUGGCAUUGUGUACCUUGGGUCAAGUUUUCGCACCGACUCUCAAAUCCUGCUGCUAAAGCAUAUAAGUGUAGGCCAUGUCUUUGCAGAUAUAAGUUUUACCAGCAGUCCUAAGCUUCCAUCUUUGCGAUGCUUUGCCAUGUGGUGCAUCAUGGGUAAAAGCCUCUAGCAGUAUCUGAGUCUGGGGUUUGUUUUAAGCACCCAACUGUACUUUUUCUCCUCCGUAAUUUCCUAGUGCUGGUGGACAUUAUUUUUGCGCAGGUGGUAAAAGAGGUGGUCGGUGUUGGAGUCUGUUUAUAAAGUUUUCUUUUCUGGUCUGUGUCAGACUUUUUAUCCUUACACAACUUUCAUGCAACAGAAGUAGCACCUCUUUUAGGUAUGAGCUCCUGGUUUCGGGGUCUUAUCAGAAUUGCUGUAUUCUGUGCCACGUUCACAUGUCCUGCCUGCAUCCGUGCCAUGUGGGAAAAAAGCAAAACACCCAAAUAACAAAAAAGGACUGCUUUAAAGAGUGACUUACGGUGGAACAAAAUAAACAAUACUGGAUCAUGCAAAGAGACUUUUCUAUUGUGACAGGUCGUCAUAUCACACAGCCUUACUUCAAAACAUUUCUAAAAGUA